UGCGGGGACCGGAGCAGUGGACUGCAAGGAUGGCAGAGGUUGAAGUGUCUCCUGGGGACAGCUCUUGGGAAAUCACCAGAGAAUACCACAUAGAUGAGGAUGUGGGCUUCGCUCUGCCAAACCCCCUGGAAAAGCUACCUGACAAUUACAGUGCCUGGAUGGACAUUGCUGGACGUCUGCCUGACCUGAUCCAGAUGGGUCAACUUCGAGCAGAAGUUGAGAAGUUACCAAUGCUCAGCAUUGACGACCUCCAAGGGCACAAGUCACAGCGCCUGGCACAUCUGGCUCUGGGGUACAUCACCAUGGCGUACGUGUGGAAUAAAGGCAACGGAGAUGUCUGUAAGAUCUUGCCAAGAAAUAUUGCUGUUCCCUACUGCAAACUCUCUGAGAAGCUGGGGCUGCCUCCUAUUCUGGUGUAUGCGGACUGUGUCUUGGCAAACUGGAAGAAAAAGGACCCGAAUGGGCCCAUGACUUAUGAGAACAUGGACAUUUUGUUCUCGUUUCCUGGUGGGGACUGCGGUAAAGGAUUCUUCCUGGUUUCUCUACUGGUGGAAAUAGCAGCUGCUUCUGCAAUCAAAGUACGGCCCUCCACACUUGAAAAGUUGUAUGUAAUUCCCACUAUAUUCAGAGCAGUGAAACAGCAGGACCAGGAUGCUUUGAAGAGAGCGUUGGAUGACAUAGCUUCUUCCCUGAAGGAAGCCAAAACAGUGUUUGGCCAAAUCCACAAGUACGUGGACCCGAAACUCUUUUUCAACGUCCUUCGCAUAUACUUGUCUGGCUGGAAAGGCAACCCCCAGCUGUCAGAAGGGCUGCUGUAUGAGGGGGUGUGGGAUACCCCGAAGAUGUUUGCGGGGGGCAGUGCCGGCCAGAGCAGCGUCUUUCAGUGUUUUGAUGUCCUGCUGGGCGUCCAGCACAAAGCUGGCAGAGAGUCUGCUGCUGAGAUCCUCCAGGAAAUGAGGACUUAUAUGCCACCGGUUCACCGGGCUUUUCUUCACUCGUUGGAGUCAGGCCCCUCGGUCCGGAAGUUUGUCCAGUCACAAGGUGACGCUGACCUGAGGAAAGCCUAUAAUGAGUGUGUGGAAGCCAUGGUCGACCUGCGCAGCUACCAUCUGGGAAUAGUGACCAAGUACAUUAGAAAUCCCGCACGCCAGCAGCUCAGGCCUGGCAACACGUCUGAAGAGCCUUCAGGACCGGACAGCAAAGGGACUGGAGGCACCGAUAUCAUGAAUUUCCUGAAGACUGUAAAAACUACAACACAGAAAUCCCUGUUGAAGGACGGUUAAUGUAACUCAAGCAGGGGUAGAUCGUAUCAAAGCAAACACAUCUCUGCCCCUUACUGUUCCUUGUAUCAGACCCUGUAUCAAUAACAUCUAAGACUUUGCCAGGGAUACACAUACCCUGUAACUGACUUCAAAAUUAACUUUCUUCUGAUGUCUAUAUUCCUUGCCGGAAAACAGCACGAAAUAAUUAUAUAAGGCCACUAAAAAUUAUUAUUAGAUUAAUUUUUAAUUCAACUUGUUAAUAUGUUGUUUAGGAUAUUGCAUCCUCAUUUAUAAGUGACAUAUGUUUGUAAUUUCCCCUUUAUAAUCAUAUAUUUUCUCCAAUUUUAAUAUCAGGUGUACCCAGAUCAAGUAGAAUGAUUUUGAAGUAUUUCUUCUUUUUCUAUUAUCUAGAAGAUUUGGCAUGAUCUGUUUUUUGAAAUUAUCUUUUACUUUUAUUUAUAAAUAUUAGUUGUCUAUUUUUUGAGACUUAAAAAAAUAAUAAGAAGAAGUUAACUGAUGAUUCCAUACUGAAUCUCAGAGUCAAAGCAUUCUGUAAUAGACAUACUCUUAUUUGACAAUGUGAAUGUUACUUUCUUUGCAUCAUCAUUAUUAUUAUUGCUUAUUAUUUCGAUGUAGCAAUUGUCUGAUUCCUUUUCUGAUUGUAUUUAUGUUUGUUCAUUCUUUACGAGGUUUUUGUUUCUAGUACUUAUCUUAAACAUCAUUAUUGUUAUUAAAUUUUAAGCCUAAAAAUAAAUAAAUAAAUAAAAAUAAAAAUUAUUAUUAGAAAUAUUAUAAUUUAUAUUUCAUCACUGGAAUAUAACCAUGAAA